CACUUCCUACUCUGUGAGAGAGAAAUUCCCCAGGUCAUCUGACCUCUGUUGAAACUACACCAGGAAGAGGAGCAGCAGCAGUCGACAAGUGCAGGGCGUUCUCUGGCUGUACAAAAGCCUCCCAUGUGUGAGCCAGAGCUCAGAGCAGCACAGGGAUGUGCAGGUGUGUGGACACAUAGCAAGGUGAGCUGCGAGUAUCCUGCCAGCCAGAUCAUCUCUUCCACAACUCACCGGUGCUGUGCAGCCUGGCAGAUCUCCUUUUCCUUUCAGUGCUUGUUUCCAACCAUGCCUCCAGAGCAGAGCUUCUGAGGAGCUGUUUCCUCAUGUGCUGUUUCCUCACAUGCUGCUGAAAGCAGCUGUCUCCAAGAAGAGGAGGUGGCUAGCAGCAUGGUGGGAAUAAUGGCAAUGAGGACGUGGAUUGAGCCAGUGGUCGCAGGUUCUCAAGUGGCCAGUGCCUUCUAUGACACAGCACUGCUCCUGGUAGUGAAGAACUACUACAACCAGACCAACAGCACUGAUCCCUCCCACGUCCUGGAAGAUGCUCAGCAGAAGGCUGUAUCUAAUUUUUAUAUCAUCUACAACCUAGUUCUGGGCCUGAGCCCACUGGUGUCAGCCUAUGGCUUAUCCAAGCUGGGUGACAGGAUACAUCGGAAGAUCCCCAUCUGCUUCCCUCUUCUUGGUUAUUUGGGCUCCAAAACUCUCCUGCUGCUCCUGAUUCUGCUGGACUGGCCAGUGGAGGUGAUGUAUGGGGCUGCUGCCUUCAAUGGGCUGACAGGAGGCUUCACCACACUUUGGGCAGGCAUCAUGGCUCUGGGAUCCCUGAGGUCCUCGGAAAGCAAGAGGUCCCUGAGGCUCAUCAUUAUUGAACUGGUGUAUGGCCUCGCUGGCUUUCUGGGAAGCAUGGCAUCUGGCUACCUCUUUGUUGGCUUCAGUGACCGCUACCGAGAAGGCACCGUGUUGGUGUGCUGCAGCAUUGCUUGCUACGCCUUCUGUCUCCUCUACAGCAUUUUUGUCCUCACAGUCCCCAAGCCAGCAGCGUCCUGCCCAGCCAAAGCCAAGAGUGCAGAGGAGGUGGGUGGUCAGCUACCAGAAGCAGCAGUACCAGGGAGUUCCCGACCUUCAGAGGGCAGCAUGUCCGCUCCAGUAUCACCCUCGAAACUCAUCAUCAUCCUGCUGUUUGUGGCAGCAAUCCUCUAUGACCUUGCUGUGGUUGGUGCAAUGAACGUACUCCCACUGUUCUUGCUCAGGGAACCUUUAAGUUGGAAUGCCGUGCAGAUUGGCCAUGGCAAUGCUGCUGGGUACAUGAUCUUCAUUACCAGUUUCCUAGGGGUACUCGUGUUCUCCAGAUACCUGAGGGAUAUUACCAUGAUCAUGAUUGGAGUAGCAUCGUUCAGCGCUGGCAUCCUCAUCAUGGCCUUCGUGCAGUGGACAUUCCUGUUCUACAUUGCACGGGCAGUGAUGCUCUUUGCCCUCAUCCCCUUACCAACCAUCAGGUCCAUGUUGUCCAAGCAUGUUGAAGGAUCAUCCUAUGGUAAGGUAUUUGUUCUGCUGCAGCUGUCUUUAGUCACCACGGGAGUAGUGACAUCUACAGUCUACAACAAGAUCUAUCAAAACACACUGGACUGGUACAGUGGCUUCUGCUUCAUUCUGUCUUUUCUAGUUGGCUGCCUGAGUCUCCUCCCUUUAAGCUUUGUGGCCAUCAAACAACGGUCAACAACUGGCUCCCUUGAGAUUCUGACUGAGUAACGGAGGCAUCUUCUG